CCUGGGCGCGCGCCCCGCAGCUGAUUCAUAGCCCGGGCGCGGGGCCGGCCCUGCAAGUCCACACCCGCGCUCGCCCCCGCCUCGCACCGGGGCGGCAGCCACGCCGACGACUCAGCCCGGCUCGCGGAGCCUUCCGCCCGCGGGAAAACCAGAACCUAUGGCUCUCUUUGCAGUUUUUCAGACAACAUUCCUCUUGGCAUUGCUGCCCUUGAGAACUUACGAAAGUGAAGUCUUGUCUGAACCUUUACCGUUAACUCCUGAAUCGCUGAAAGUUUCUGUCAAUUCUACGCGUCAGUGUUUGCAUUUACAAUGGACUGUCCACAGCCUCGCUUAUCAUCAGGAAUUGAAAAUGGUUUUUCAGAUACAGAUCAGUAGAUUUAAAACAUCCAAUGUCAUCUGGGUGGAGAACUACAGAACCACUGUGAAGCGGAACCGAGUCCUGCAUUGGAGCUGGGAAUCCAAGCUCCCUCUGGAAUGCGCGGCACACUUUAUAAGAAUGAGGAGUAUGGUGGAUGACGCCAGGAUUCCCAAGCCAGGGUUCUGGAGCAACUGGAGUUCAUGGGAGGAAGCAGAUGCACAGAAUUCACUUGGACGUGAUCCAUUGUUUGUUUUCCCUAAAGAUAAGCUGGUGGAAGAAGGCUCCAACGUCACCAUUUGUUACGUUUCUAGGAUCCAUCAAGAUAACAUAUCCUGUUAUUUGGAAGGUGUACAGAUAUAUGGAGAACAGCUGGAUCGAAGUGUGUCUGCAUUCGAGUUGAAGAACGUGUCUUUUAUUAGGAAAAAAGGGACAAAUGUCUUCUGUAAGGUGGACCAGGGAGGUGCUUUGGGAGGCAUCGUUCUCUUUGUCUCAAAAGUGCUUGAAGAGCCCAAGGACUUUUCUUGUGAAACCCAGGACCUCAAGACUUUGACCUGUACUUGGGAUCCCGGGAGCGACACUGGCUUGUCUAAACAGCCUUCCCAAAGCUACACUUUAUUUGAAUCAUUUUCCGGGAAAAAGACACUUUGUAAACACAGAAACUGGUGUAAUUGGCAAGUAGCUCAAGACUCACAAGAAACGUAUAACUUCACACUCGUGGCUGAAAACUACUUAAGAAAAAGAAGUGUCAGUAUUCUUUUUAACCUGACCCAACGAGUUCAUCCAAUGACUCCCUAUAAGUUAUUCCCUAAAAAUGUUGGUGCCACAAAUGCCACCAUGACCUGGAAGGUACACUCCAUUGGAAACAAUUCCACACUUUUGUGUCAGCUUGAACUCCUUGCUGAAGGAAAAGUGAUACAACAACACAAUGUUUCCAUCAAGGUGAAUGGUGAGUACCUCUUAAGUGAACUGGAGCCUGACACAGAAUAUGUGGCCCGAGUACGCUGUGCUUAUACCAACCACUUCUGGAAAUGGAGUGAAUUGAUUAGUCAGAAAUUCAACACAGCUGAAGCUGCUCCCUCAGAGGCUCCCGAUGUCUGGAGAAACAUGAAGAUGGUGUCGGGACAUCCUACUGUGAGUUUAUUCUGGAAGCCACUAUCGAAAGUGCAUGCCAAUGGGAAGAUCCUAUUCUAUAAUGUAAUUGUAGAAAAUCUAGACAAGCCAUCCAGGUUAGAGGUCCUCUCCAUCCCUGCUCCCGCCAGAAGCACAGAACUAACCCUCAGUCAGUGUUCUUACCAAAUCCAUGUCACAGCUCACAACAAUGUGGGCCCUUCUCCUGCUUCCGUAAUUGUCAUUUCUGGAGGCCCUGGAAACGAAGAGGUUGAAAGCGGAAGAGUUAACGGCACAGAGGACGGAUUUUCUGUGUCUUGGAAACCCCAAUCCGGAGAUGCCACAGGCUACGUUGUGGAGUGGUGUGAUGGUCCCCAGGACCUGCCCUGUGUUCUCCAGUGGAAAAACCUAGGCCCCAAUACCACAAGCACAGUCAUUAGCUCGGGUGCUUUUAGACCAGGGGUUCGAUACAACUUCAGAAUUUAUGAAAUUUCUGCAAAAAGGAUGGCUCAUUUAUUAGAGACAAAAGCAGGAUACUUGGAGGAACUGGCUCCUUCAGACAACCCUCAAGUGGUCAUGAGUAACUUGACCUCCCACUCCUUCACUCUGAGUUGGAAGGAUUAUUCCACUGAAUCCCAACCUGGCUUUAUACAAGGAUACCAUGUCUACCUGAAAACCAAGGCGGGGGAGCACUGCCCCCCGGCAUUUGAAAAGACAGUUCUUCCAGAGGAUUCAGUAUGUUGCAGACACACAAUUGACAACCCGGAACAAAAGACAUUUGUUGUGGAAAACCUACAGCCGGAAUCCAUCUAUGAGUUUUUCGUCACUCCUUACACAAGUGUUGGCGAGGGUCCCCUGGAUGCCUUCACAAAGAUCACAACCCCGGAUGAAUACUCCCAUAUACUGAUACGCAUCAUCCUGCCCAUGAUUUUCUGCGUUUUGAUCGUCAUGAUAAUUUGCUACUUAAAACGUCAGUGGCUGAAGGAGAAGUGUUAUCCUGACAUUCCAGACCCUUACAAGAGCAGUGUCCUGUCAUUAAUAAAAUCCAAGGAGAAUCCUCAUCUAACAAUAAUGAAUGUCAAUGACUGUGUUCCAGAUGCUAUUGAAGUUAUAAACAAGCCAGAAGGGAGUAAGAUACAGUUCUUAGGCACUAGGAAGUCACUCACAGAAACUGAAUUUACUAAGCCUGCCUACAUUUACCUCCUUCCGACAGAGAAGAACUACUCUGGCCCUGGACCUUGCAUCUGUUUUGAGAACUUCACCUAUAAUCAGGCAGCUUCUGACUUUGCUUCUUGUGGACAUUUCCCAGUAACCCCUCAAGCCCCACCACAUCAGCUGGGACCACUGACUUCACCUGAAAAUUUACUAAAGGCACUGGAACAAAACUAUAUGAAUUCCCUGGGAGAAAUCCCAGCCGGAGAAGCUAAUUUGAAUUAUGUGUCCCAGUUGGCUUCACCCACCUCUGGAGACAAGGACAGCCUGCCAACAAACCCACCAGAGCCAGCACUCUGUUCAGAGUAUAAAAUGCAAAUGGCCAUACCCCUGGGUCUUGCCUCCGCUCCCCCAAGCGAGAAUAGCAGCCUCUCCUCCACUACCCUUUUAGGUCAAGGUGAACACUACUGCUAAGCAGUGUACCCAUUUCAUAUCCUUAUGCUACACAGACCCUAGGAGAAGCAUAGCCGGCACCAUUCCAUCACCAGAUACCUCGGGCUUAAUCCCAGUGAGCUAUCAUCACCAUUGUCAGGUCUGAUUUAUAUAAUCUUGCUAGGUUUUGAAGGUCAGAAGCUAUGAAACUUAACAUUCAUCCUUGGAGCAGGCUCACUGUAGAAAUGGCAGGAUCGUGGGAACAGGCUUACCUUGCUGCUGCGUGUUCCACGUUCACCUUUAUAACAGCAGACUUGGCACUUGACAUAGGGAUAGACCCCAUCCACUCAGUACUGGACAGGUCCUUGAAGUUCAGUUUUUAGUGAGAAAGUAUUUCCAUUAAGUUUUACCCCACAUUUAAUAUCUUGAAGAGUAAAGGAACUAGAUUUCAGGCUUUAAUAAAGGCUACAGAAGAUUCGUUACUGGA